AAGACGCAAACAGAGCAUGCUCCACGAGCCGCCUGCGAGGCUUUUUUUUCGUCUGGAAUUCUGCGGGUUUAUAAAUGAUUCAUAGAGUGAGCCUAUUUUUAAGAGGAGUAAUUGCGCGCAGUUCGCACAGUCAGCCAGUGUGUUACUAUCAGCAAUGAGUGCGUGUUCUGUUUUCGCGUGAGCGCUUGCGUGUGAGUGAAAGCCGGUCACCAAUCUGCAGAGGAGACGGAGAGGAGAUUCCACACGACAGAAACAGUAAGCGUGUGGAAACUUCGUGAGAGACAGUCACAUUUUUUGGGCUUUAAUCCUGGGGUUUGAUCGAAUAUAUCGUCAAAGCCUGCCAGCCAGUAUAGCCGUUGGACAAGGGAAUCAACUGUUGCUGCAGUAGACCGUUUUCAAAGGGACAUUAGGCUAGUCACAAUUCAUCAAGUCUGUGUUGCUGAAUCUAUACAUGAGUUUGAGAAUGGAUUUUUAACCAUCACCUGGACCUAGUUUAUUUAGUGUGCUGCGCGCUGGAUACGUGUUGUUUAUGGUCUGUUCUGAUACUGCAUAGAGAAUACAUGCUCUUCCAGAAUGAUCCCACUCCACGCCUCUCCUGGCUUUUUCAUAUUGUUUUAUCAGAUGUUUGUAUCAGACAGUAGCAGUUGCUUGUAGGCAAGAAGGCACGUUUGGGCUAUUUGAACCAUUCCAACGGCAAUUGGAGGAUUAGAGUGGUUUGCUUCUUUCUCUGUGACCUUGCCUCUCCGGCAUUAAUCCAGACGGAUAGAUGCUGAUGAUGGAGAAGAACGGCAUGGACGCGCAUCAGGUUGGAAUCAAUCAUGAAUACGAGCUGGAGGGCCGGCCUCGGUCAUGCUGGCCGCUGCCGCCGUGUCCUGAGGAUUUCCCACGGGGAGUGGAUGAAGCAAAUCGAGGUCUGCCCCUGGCAUCUAUCAAACUGGAGCAGCUUCAGUACAACGUGCCGACAUGCCGCGGCGGAGCAGCGGAGGGAAGAGGUGGCGCACCGGUAGAGCUCAAACAUCCAUCCGGCGCCCCGGUCCCUAUCGCACCCGGCGCACCUACAUGCAUGUCGGGGGCUUCCCUCGACGUGGCUGGCCAGCUGCGCAAAGCCAAGUCGUCCCGGAGGAACGCGUGGGGAAACCAGUCGUACGCGGACCUCAUCACGCGUGCCAUUGAGAGUGUCCCGGAGAAGAGACUCACUCUGUCGCAGGUUUACGAUUGGAUGGUGCGCUUUGUCCCUUAUUUCAAGGAUAAAGGCGACAGCAAUAGUUCAGCUGGAUGGAAGAACUCCAUCCGCCACAACCUGUCUCUCCACACUCGGUUUGUCCGUGUCCAGAAUGAGGGGACAGGGAAGAGUUCCUGGUGGAUGCUGAACCCAGAGGGAGGGAAGAUGGGGAAGGGACCGCGACGACGCGCCGCCACAAUUGACUGCCCCAACGGCACCAAGUACCUGAAGAGUAAAGGACGGGCCAGGGGUAAGAGGCCUGGAGCCGGAGCUGGCAGUGGAGCUGUUGGUCGGGGCAGGCGGCAGGGUUACGGCCUGGGUCACGGGGCUCGACCGGGGAUGCAUCAGGGGUCUCCGGAGCAUGGUAGUCCUGCAGGGAAGGGCGGAGCUGGGGUGGGAGGAGAGGAGUACGAUGCCUGGACGGAUCUCCACUCCCGGACCUCCUCUUCGGCUUCGACACUUAGUGGCUGCCUUUCUCCCAUCCUGGCCGAGGCUGAGCCAGAUGAGCCAGAGGAAGGAGGCCUUUCCUGCUCCACCUCCCCCCGCCUCUAUCCUAGCCCUACCGCAACACGCUCCCCUGCCCUGGGCACUGGGGGGCACUGCCCAGGAACCUCCUUGGAGCUGCCCCAACUCACUGACCUGACUGGGGCUAUCAGCCUGGAAGAGGGCUACCCCCACCCCCAGAACCACCAAACCCAGCCUCGUAAUGGCUACCCCAGCCCCUACGGCACCGGCCCCAAGGGGGAAGGCUCCUACUGCGGCCCCGUCUACGGGCAGCCGCCCCUGGCCAUGCUGCAGCUCCAUGCCCCCAUGCCCAUGCAGACCAUUCAGGAGAACAAGCGAGCCAGCUUCCAGCGCCCCCUGAGGGCCUACUCAGAGAACAAUGCACUGCAGAGCCUGCUGACCGGAGGGCCUGGAGGUCCUCAGUACUGCAGUAAGGACAUGGUCACACUGGGAGGGCAAGGAGGGGAGUCACACACGCUGCUGACCCAGGUAACCAACGGGGUUCACAGCCACAAUCAGAGUCGCAGCAGCCACAAUCAUAGCCAUAGCAACCAUAAUCAUAAUAACCACGAGCAUGGACACAAUUCAGGCCCACACAAUGGUCACGGCUCAGUUCAUGACCAGAACCCCAGCGGUCAUCUUCAGAAUGGCCUCCAAAAUCAUGGUCAACCCAACCUGGACUAUAACCAUAGCCACAAACAACACCUCAGCCCGGCCACUGACUACAACCAGAGUCACAACCACAAACUGAACACAAGCCAUGACCACACUCACCAGUCCAACCAGGGUCACCUCCACGGUCACCUCCAGGGUGGACCCAGACCUCCAGCCCUCCAGGCUCUUUCUCCCAGAGUCAACACAGACAUCCUGCAGCCGUACAGCCUCAAAACCCCCACCCCAACUCCUAGCCACUAUGGCCCCCUCGCCCCCCACCUCCCCACCCCCAACCCCUCGUCCCUUCCCUCCAACCCUGCCUCUGUUCUAGACAUACCCCAGGACCCCUGCCUCCGCCUGGCCUCCGCCCCGGCACCUCACCCCCACCCUCGCCACCAGCCCUACCCCGGUACCACCUACCACCAGGGUAUAACUAUGACUGACUCCUGGCAUGGCUACUACCACCAUACUCUUCACCCCACCCAGAACUACCAGGGCCACCCCCACCACAGCACUCACCACCCCAGCCGCAUGGCUCCAGACCUGGAUGUAAACGUAGACAUUCUCCCCAGCAGCCUAGACUGUGACGUGGAGUCCAUCCACCUCAAUGACUUCAUGGACACAGAGGGGAUGGGGAUGGGGAUGGACUUCAACUUUGACGGCUCGCUGUCUCAAGGAGUGGGCAUGGGCAUGAGCAUAGCCGCUUUCGCUGGAGCGCCGCAGGGACAUCACAGCCAGAACUGGGUGCCUGGGUGA